AUGUCAACAUGGAGGUGGACUAGAUGUUGGUGCAGUAUCAAUAGUUUGUGUAGAAGUUGAUGCAACUGUUGAUGAUUUAUUCUGUGUAGUUAACCUUCGUUUAGCUAAUAAAAAUUGUUCCAUUAAUUCAUGAUGAGCUUCUAGCCGCUCAAUACAAUGUAGACAUGCGGUUUUAGGUAAUGGAUCAUUCAUGUUUACCUGCAUGACAAAAAGGUAAAAAUUUUUUUUUUAUGUUUCAAAACUAGAUGCAAAUAUUUACUAAUAUUAGCAUCAUAAUACACGAUAUGUUUGAAAAAAUUGAAAACAUUGAUUAAAUGCAGAACUAAACUCUUGAAUAAUUGAUUAAGUUUUCUCUAAGUUAAUGUAAAUUGUUAUGAUACAUAGCGAUGUUUAAGAUUUAAAAAAAUUUAUAAUGAAACAAACUAUCUUUAUCAUCAUGUUGUAAAUAAUUCUGCAAUCUUCAAAUUAUUGUUGCAUUUAAAACAGAACUGUCAGAUAUGAUUAAAGUGUUCGCACAAGCGAGGAAAGAUGAAAUCUUAACCACUCGUAUAUACAAUACAUAAUGAAAAGCAUAAAAAUUUAAUAUCGGCGAGAGACUAAUUUUAGAAAGUAGAAAAGCAGCAGAUUAUGACUUUACCGUAAUUGGAAGAUAAGCAUUUAUUUUUUCAGCAAGUUUCAUUCUCUCACCCUCUUCACCGUAUAUAUGGAUCACGAAACGAUUCAUCUUACUGCAAAGUCUGCAUAUAAAACCCGUGAUCACAGCUUUAUCCGUGCUACCCAUUUCAAUUAUUUAUUAAUUUAUUCUUGUUCGUAUGGCACUUGUCGACACCCUGCAAUUUGAUUCGCGCGUCAAUAACUUUAGGCGAAAAUUAUUAUCCUACGAAAUCACACAAGAUGUUAUGCUUCUUCCGAGAUUGUUUAUCAUAGUUCUGAACAACUGGCGCUACCAGCACUGUAUUUUACUGCUACUACUCUCAUCAGAAUUAUACAUAAUAAAAUAACUUGUAACAUUUCUUUUUUCCCUGAUAUUACGAAUUAAAUGCACAAUAAAAAUAUAUUUGAGUAAAUGAAACUAGAUAUAAACGAACAAAUUAUAUCGUAAUUACAGGCAGAAAUUGUUACAUUAAGAAUUUAACGAUAUUUUAGUAUAAUUAAACAUUACAGUGAAUGUCUCAAAGGUUAUAGCUAAACCAAAAAAAAUUAAUGUAUCUACUUUCUCAAACUACAUUUUUUAUUUUUUAUUUUUUAACAUUAAUUACUUUCUAACGUUAUGAAAUGAAUUUAAUUGUCUGUAAACAACAUAAAAGUAAUAUUACUUCUUUCAUUUUAAACAAUUUAAAAUUGUUUCAUAAAUUUUUUAUAAGACUCAUUCGUUAUUAUCAGAUCCGUAAUAUAUAAGAUAUUUAUUAUUUAACAUUAUUUUAUCAAUCAUGUAUUUAAUAAUUGAUAAUAUAGGCAUAUUAUGAAUAAAUUUUUAAUCAUAAUUUUUUAAUAAGAUUUACAUGUUUAGUAAUAGCAUAAUUUAUUAAUAUUAAAUAAAUUAAACAUAAUUAAAAUAAUUAAAAAUAAUAAUAAAUUUAAGAUAAUAAAUUUUGAAUAAUAAAACUUAUAAUUCAAGAAAAUGAUUAAUAAAAUACAAAUGAGAAAUGGAAUAAGAUUUAAAAUUUCAUUUUAUAUAUUUGUAAAUAAAAAAAAAUAAUUUUUUAAUUGAUGUGUCUCAUUAAUAUUUAAAAAUACUGAUGCGAUCAUUUUAAAUAUCACAUUAUUUCAAUAAAAUAUGGCGGCGAUCAGCUGUCUUCUGUCAUAAUGACAUUCAUUUUGAUAAGUAGAAAGUUAGAAUUUUUUAGGAAUUAUCUGCGCAAAAGUAUUUGUGAACUUCAACGAUAGAGCGAAAUAGUUUUUCAUUAUCAUAUUAUUUCCUAGAUGUAGGAGAUUUGAAAAAAAAAAAAACAUAGAAACGUAUUUAUUGUUGCUCAUCUGAAGUAAGCGGCAAGUGAACGCAGCUGUGUAAAAAAGCAAUAUGGUGACUAACGAAUUAAUCAAGUGUUGAGGAUAAUCAAGAAUACAAAUGUUUAAUAUUACCAACGUUUGCGAUGGAUGGUGGUGAAGUUGAGUGAUGAACUUAACGUGAUUAAAAGCCUUUUCUGAGGCUAAAGCAAGAAAAUCAUGUGUGAUGUAUGUGUUGACUUUCACGACCUUCUGCUCUCCUGUAAGCAAAAUAUGUACAAUACCUUUCAUGUUAACCUAGCACACUGUGUUGCAUGUUUGCAAAUUUUUAUUCCUCAUCAUUAACUGAUGUUUUAGUAUAGGCAAUGUAGGAACACUUUGUUGUGAAAAUCUUCGGAAUUCAUAAUCAUACUUACUAUCUUAUACAAUGAAAGUCUGUUUGUAACAUUAUAAUUUAUAACCUUACUUGCUUAUGUACGAUUUUAAGAUUUAUUAAUUUCUAUAUGUUUCAGUGUUAAAUGUAUAAGAUAAUAAAAUCUUUUAGUGUUAAAAUAUUUUCAGAAGUCGUAAUUAAAAUAUUAAAAUUGUACGACAUGUUGAUCUAGGUGAAAUGUUUGAUCUAAGAUGGUGUAGUAAUAUGAGAAUACUUUUAUAGAUUGAUUUUACUUGUGUAUGUUGUAGCAAAUUUAUUAAAAUUUUCAUAUUGUUUGUUUUUUUAUCUAUAAUUUAUCUCUAGAUGAUGAAAGAUCAUCGAAGGAACAAGAUGGAUUGGCAACACUUUGUAUUUCGGAUGUGGACACUACAUUACAUUAUGUUAAUCAGUGGGUACAAAGGUCUGAUUUCAUUUUACUUCUUAUAAUAUAUACCAAACAUUUAAAUUAAUACAAUAAAUGUUUAAUAAGCUUGUAUUUUAACCUAUAUUUUAAUAUAAUUUGUUGUUUUUCAUUUUUAUAGACAAUGCAUGUGCUGUUAUCGAGAAAUAAAAAAUUUUGAUCGAUUUAUAAGGUUAACACAGAGUGUUGUAUUAUGUACAUUGCAACAAUUACAAAUUAUACAACAAAAUGGUCAGCAAACGAGUAUUGGAAAAAUACCAUCCAAAGACGAAAAAGAAGAAGGAAAAACAGAUGAAAAUAAAGCAGAAAACUCAGAUUUUGCACAAAUAGAAAUACAAAUGAAACACAACUGGUCUCAACAAGAUAGAGAAAAAUUGUUUCAUCUUCUUUCAAAAAUAUUUUUAUUAAAUUUUCCUCUCUAUAUUGCAAUGAAACAUGGUGGUGCAAUUAAUCCAUUAGCUCCAAUAAAAGAUGAAGGAGGAUAUUGUGAGCCUCAUGAUCCAGAAGUGCCAGCCCCUUUAAUUAGAGCAGUUUCCAUAUUUUGUCAUCAAGGUGGUUUCAAUUUAAUGUCUGCUUGUUUUGAUAUGGAAAAUACAUUACCUGUUAGUCUUGCACAUUCAAUGGUUGUAGUGAUUUGUAAUUUAAAACUUUGGUUAAAUUAUGGUAGCGUUAUUCAGCUCUUUAUACCAUUACGCAGUCGUGUUAUGAAAUAUAUGUGUCGCUUAGCGGAUAAAGAAUUACGCACACCAGCAGUUAGAACGAUGGCAGAUUUCAUGUGGAGUGCUGUAAAGGAUCCUAUCGAUGCUGUUUUACCAAGUUUUGAUCGUGAUGGAUUGGAUUUAGCAUUUAAAUAUUUUACUAGUACAACUUUAACUAUGAGACUAGCAGGAAUAGCUCAAAUAAAUGCUCAUAUUACUGCAUUCAAUGAACUUUGCAAUAGUGAAACUGUCGCUGAAGUGGAACAAGUAGGCCAUGCAUUGGCUGCAUGGUUAACAGAAAAUAAUAUAAUAGCUCAUAUAUUUGGACCAAAUUUGCAUGUAGAGGUUAUUAAACAAAGUCAUAUUGUACUAAGUUUCUUAGCUAUGGAAGGUAGAAUCACAUGUUCUGAUAUGGAUACUAUGUGGCAAGCUGCACAAUUGAAACAUUGUGGUCGGCCAGUAUAUGAUUUAUUGGCACCCUUAGUAAAACAUUUGGCUCCAACUCCAGUUUUACAUUUAUACUCUUUGUUAGGAAAAUUGGAGCCAAAGGACCACACAGAACAAAGUUUAUUCCUGGCAUCUGCUUUGAUAAAAUUUAUUUGGACAGCAGGUGGUUCAGGUUAUCCAAGAAGUUUAUCUAUAAAAAACAGAGAAAUUUUAAGAGGUACUAGUGGUAUUGGUGGAAGUAGUACUAGUGAUCCUAGUGGAAUAGAUGGAAGUAGUCCAGAUGAAGAUGAAGAAGAACCCAGUCCUGCUCCAUCUGAAGGACCUUCACCAAGAAAACAAGCAAGAGGCGAUAGUAGUGACGGAGAAGGUCCAUUUAAAGCAAAAAAUGUGGGUACAACAGUUGUACAAACAAGUUCGAAUGAAGGAGAAGAUCCUGCAAUAGAAAAAUCUGAAUGUUUUGCUGAAUCAACAAAAGAUUCUGCAUGUAGUAUACAAGAUGAUUUAAAAGAAAAACAGAGUGGAUCAGAUGCAGAAGCUGAUACUGAGAAAUCUAAUACCGAAGAAACAAUUGCAAUAGAAAAAAGAAAGAGAAAAGUGUUAAGAAAACGGAAAAAACCUCAGAAACGUUCAUUAGUUACUGCAGAUAAGGCAUUAGAAGGCAUCGUGAAUGAAGAAAAUAAUAUGAAAACUAAAGAUUUAAUGUUAGAUAUAAAAUAUAGACCAGAGGAUGUUUUAAACAGUACUUUGGAUACUGGUGGAUUAGUUUCUAUGGAUGAUCCGAAAGGUGUUGAUGCAUUGGAUCGUGUAAAACAACAAGCAAUGGCUUUAGAUCCAAAUGAUCAACAAGUUCCAACAACGGCGGCACUCUUGAGAAGAGCUAACAAAAAUAAAUAUAUGUCAUUAGUAGGUCACAAUGUAGAUCGAGCUCCUGACUCCGCAGAUACUUCACAUGAUGAAGAUGAUAGUGAUGUAGCUGGUGUUCUUGCAGCAGCAGAUGGACCUGGUGCUGUUAUAUCAGAACUUGCUGGUUUAGUACAUGCAACAGGUCCCACGUUUUUACCUUCAGGAUUAGAUGAAAUGCUUUCGGAUGAAGAAGGAUCCUAUAGUAGCAGAAUAUCUAAUAAAAGUGAAAAAAAUAUGGCAGAUUUUGAUGGAGAAGAAAGCGGAUGCGAAGAGGAAUUAGCUCAAUUAGCUGCGCGUCAUUUAACAGCUAUACAAAUGCAAGCUUAUCAUCCUCAUCAUUCUCAUCCAACAAUGACGAUUAGACGAUCUGUUUGUCGUCCUCCACAAGUGAGAAGUAUCCGCCAAACAGUAACACGUGUUAAUUCUCAGUUUAACUUAGACACUGUAUGUAAACCAGGAAAUACAUUAUUAUGGGAUCUUUUGCAAGAUGAUAAAAUCGGGCAAUUAGGAGAAGGUUUAGCUUUGGAAGCUGAAAAAGCUUUGUGCAAUCUUCUUUGCUUCAAUGUUGAUCGAUUAAUACCUAUGAAAUUCAUAGAAGGUUGCCUAGAAAAUCUUGCAACCAAUCGUUCUGUGGUAGUAUCUUUAAGAUUAUUACCUAAAUUACUUGCCAGUUUUCAGCAAUUUGGUGCGAUGGAUGCACAUACAAUAACAACAUGGGCUGAUCGUGAACGUGGAAUGAUGAGACACUUCUUUAAUAAUUUAAAAACGUAUACUAGCAUAGGGCCAAAAAAUAGCUUGUAUUCCCAUCAAACGGAAAUACAAGUUAGACUACAAUUUUUAUCUUCUAUUUUUUCACCUUUAGGUUCACCUGAUUGUUUCCGUUUAAGUCUCGAACAGGUGGACAUAUUAUGGCAAUGUUUGUCACAAGAUACAACAUGCGCUGAUGAACUGUUUAGUUGGUUGCUUAGUCAAGCAAAAUCAACGGAACAACAUGCACUUGGAAUGGAUACACUUAAACAUUUGUGUAUGCGUAAAUUACCAAGUUUACCACCUGAAACUAUCAGUAUGACAGGCCUUAGUCUUUUCCAACAAUUGUGUAACUUAGCCCGUUUAGCUGCCGCACACUUAGAUAGACCCUUAAGAGACGUAGAUUCAGUUGGUAUGGAUUUCUUAUGGAGAAUUGCAUUAAAAGCUAAAAGUACAGAUGUUAGUAUGGCGGCUAUACAAUAUCUAAACGGAUAUUACAUGUCUAGACAAUUAACUCAAGAAGCAGAAUUUGUUUCACAAUGUAUGACCCAUCUUGCUGCAGCUAGUGCUGAUUUGGAAACGAAUGAAGAAGCUAGUUUACGUUGUAUACAAAGAGCUUUGUUACUGUUAAGGACACAUUUAGAAGCGUUCCGAAAACGGUACGCAUAUCAUUUACGUCGCUGGAUACUGGAAGGUAGAGGUGCUGGUAGUCAUGUCGCUAUGAAUACCUCGGAGAAAGGCCAACAGCUAAGAAUACUUGUGCAACCUGCAGGAAUCCCUGAAAAAACAAGUUUUACUCUUCUUAGCACUGAUUAUGUAGCUGAUCUGAGAGCCGAAGUUGCCAAGUGGUGGGAUGAUACGCAAAAUAAUCAAGAGAAAUCGACAUCCACUAAUUCGAAUCAAAGCAAUGGUUCAGUGUUAGGUUCUUUACUUACUGAUGGGCCAAUUAGAAUGAUUACACAAGGCCAGGAAUUAACUAUUGAUUUUGAUGAAAAAACAUUGCAAGAAAUGGGGUUCAAAGAUGGUCAAUUAGUAUUCAUUUCUCCCGGCGCUGGUCGAGGUAAUGGUAGUGGCAGAUGUAACAAACGAGAUGUGGAUUCACCAUCUCUUUUACCUCCACCUCCUCGAGAAUCUUUGCCGACGUUAUUAUUAUUACGUCCACAGUAUUUUGAACAACUAUUCACACUAAUGAGAACUUUAAGUGCUAUGAAAACUGUUGUCAAAGGCGGACAAGAAAUUCCUCAUACGAAAGCCCAGGUACUUUCGAGAAGAGUUUGGGAUACAUUAACAUUACUACCAACUAGUCCAACUUUAUUGAGAGGAUUUCAAAAAUUAGGAGAAACAACUUUGCCGGAACUAUUAGAUCCUGCUAGUCCACAAAAGUUGAUGUAUUCUUUAUAUAUAGUAGAAUCAUUAAGUAGACAUAGUACAACAAAUCAACCUUCUGUUGUGAAUUGCACAUCUAGUGCGUCCGGUAAUGAAGGUGACGGCGAUACAGACGAUAAUCAUGAAGACAGAGAGAAAGACGUUGCAUGGUCAACAUUGUUCAUUCAGCAUGGAGGUUUGCGUCAUUUAUUUGAUAUUUUUAUGUCCGGAUGUUUGGAACAAGGUGAUGGUAGUGAGUGGCAGCAGGACUGUCUCGCUAGCUUACUAAAACAACUAUGUUAUUUGGGCGUUGUUAAAGAAGAAAAGAAAAGAAGUAAAGCAGACAAGCUGCUUGUACCUAAAUUGAGCGAAGUGAUGCUUUCAAUGAUGAAUGUUGAAGCUGUUAUGUCUCGAAUAACGAGUAUAUUAAAUGAAGCAUCUUUACCCAGAGAUCCAAAUCAUUACAAGACAGGACUUUUUGGAAGAUCACAAGUUAUACAUUAUACUAUGGCUUUAUUAGUUUGUUGGGUACAUAGUGAUGAAACAGUGAAACAGUAUCUUUUUUCAUCGUCAGAACCAUUUGGGAAAACUUGGCUAAGAAGAUUAGUAUUGGAAGAUCCUGAACCAGCAGUAAGAAGAGAAGUUUGUACAGCUUUAUAUAGAUUAUGUCUGGGAACUACAGGAUCUGAAGAUGAAAAUUCUAGUAAUCACAGUUUAAUUGUUUCAAUGUUAAAUACAUUAUUGGAACAUCUGAUAAUUGCCGAAGCGAUGCAACCUUCUCAUCGAAAACCAGAUUUACCGUUGCAUUUACAUCCCGUGCUUGAUGAUGGAAAAGAACCAUAUGGACCUGCUUGCAGGGAUUAUUUUUGGCUUGUUUGCAGAUUAGUUGAUUCCCUUCCGGAAGAAGCUAUCAAAGAAGGAUCGGAUGAUUCCAAUUUAACGAUAGAUCUAGAAACUCUAGCAAUAAGAGUAAUUGAUUCGGUUUUAAAUAGAGAUCAUCUUGAAACGCGUCAUAAUACAGUGGAAGAUGAUGGUUUAGUUGGAUUACUGAAUCUUACUUGUAAUAUUAUGACACAUAAUCCACCUUGCAAACAAGGAAAAAUUGGUCAGAAUUUAUUACAUGAAGUGUUUGAUUUUCUAUUUGCAUUGCCUAAUCCUCGAUCGAAACAUGUUCCAAAAUGUAAAAGUCAGGUUUCCAGAUCAGCAGCUUUUGAUCUUUUAGUCGAACUUGUGAAAUCUGCUCCUGAUAAUUACAGAAUUCUUCAUGAAAAAUUGUUAGCUCAGCAUAAGCCUGGCCCUCAUUCUCCAUAUCCUUGGGAUUAUUGGCCGCAUGAAGAUGGACGUUCUGAUUGUGGAUAUGUAGGUCUAACAAACUUAGGUGCCACUUGUUAUAUGGCUAGUUGUAUGCAACAUCUAUAUAUGAUGCCACAAGCACGUGUCUCUAUAUUAGGAGCUGAUUGUAAUAGAGCAAAUAAACAUCAACUCACGUUAAGGGAGCUACAAAGAAUGUUUGCCUAUCUUUUAGAAUCAGAAAGGAAAGCGUAUAAUCCUCGAAGCUUUUGUCGUGUAUAUACUAUGAAUCAUGAGCCUUUAAAUACUGGAGAACAAAAAGACAUGGCUGAAUUUUUUAUAGAUCUUGUAUCUAAAUUAGAAGAGAUGACAUCAGAUUUAAAAAAUUUGGUGAAAACAUUAUUCUGUGGUGUAAUAUCUAAUAAUGUUGUAUCAUUAGAUUGUGAACAUGUAAGUAGAACUCUUGAAGAAUUUUAUACUGUACGUUGUCAGGUAGCAGAUAUGAGAAAUCUUUACGAAAGUUUAGAUGAAGUUACAGUUAAAGAUACUUUGGAGGGAGAUAAUAUGUACACAUGUUCACAAUGUGGUAAAAAAGCAAGGGCAGAGAAGAGAGCAUGUUUUAAAAAGUUACCACAUAUAUUAUGUUUCAAUACAAUGAGAUAUACAUUUAAUAUGGGAACUAUGUCAAAAGAAAAAGUAAACACACAUUUUAGUUUUCCAUUAAGAUUAGAUAUGUCUGGAUAUGUUGAAAAAAAACUGAUGCCACAACAUUAUCAGGAAGAAAAAAAAGCUUCGGAAAAGAGAAAAUCUGAAAGUGAUUGUCAAUCAGGAUUAAGCAAUGAUGAUACAGAAAUGGAGCAUUAUCAAUAUGAUUUAAUAGGCGUAACAGUUCAUACUGGUACUGCUGAUGGUGGACAUUACUAUAGUUUUAUUAGAGAUCGUACGUCUCCUAAUAAAGAUAAAUGGUUUUUAUUCAAUGAUGCAGAAGUUAAACCAUUUGAUCCAAAUCAAAUAGCGGCUGAGUGUUUUGGUGGAGAAAUGACAAGUAAAACCUAUGAUUCCGUUACAGAUAAAUUUAUGGACUUCAGUUUUGAAAAAACAAAUUCAGCAUAUAUGCUAUUUUAUGAAUGGUGCGCUGAUCCUGGUGAUCAAGCAAAGGAAGAAGAAGCUACUGUUUCUAGUCCUAACGGACGGCAAUCUUCUUCGUUGAUUCAUAAAAAUACUAAUAAAUUACCACCAUUGGAAUUAAAUAAAGAACUUGAAGAUUGGAUAUGGCAGGAUAACAUGCACUUUUUACAAGACAAAAAUAUAUUUGAACAUACAUAUUUCACAUUUAUGUGGCAGAUCUGCGGCUAUAUACCACAAACAUUACUUUCCAUACAAUCCGAUAUAACAGAAAUGUCAGCAGAUCUUUCAACAUCAUUUUUUAUGGAAACUUUCAUUCACGCCAAGGAAAAACCAACAAUGGUACAAUGGGUAGAAUUGCUGACAAAACAGUUUAACGGAUCAGCUGGUGCAUGCGCCAGAUUUCUUGAAAAAAUGGCUGGAGAUUCAUGGUGGCCAAUCCAAAUUCUAGUCAAGUGCCCUAAUCAAAUGGUAAGACAAAUGUUCCAAAGGCUAUGUAUUCAUGUGAUACAACGUUUGCGCGCUACUCAAGCACCUUUAUACCUUCUUUGUGAUGAAGAAAAUGAUAUAAAUACUGUCGGUACGCGAUCAUGCGUGACAAGAUUUGUGAGAAUGCUUUUGUCUCUUAUGGAACAUGCGAAACAACAUUUGAAACAUCUUACUGAAUAUUUCAGUUUUUUAUAUGAAUUUAGUAAAAUGGGUGAAGAAGAAACGCUGUUUCUAAUAAGAGUACAAGCUAUAUCAACUAUGAUCAAUUUUUAUCUUGGACAUAAGACACAUGAAUUCGUUGAUGCAGUCAGUGAAGAAGAAGAGGAAGAAGAAGUUGUUGCUAUGCCAACAGAAAAAUUAAGACCUGCUUCUUUGGAUAAAAUGAUCACUUUAAUAGCAACUUUGGUUGAACGUAGUAGAGGACCUGAUCACAGGUUAGCAUUGUCUCCAGCAGAUCUUAGCGCUGUAGCAGGAGGUAAAGGAUUUCCUUUUUUGUAUCAACAAACGCGAGAUGUCAUCAAUCUCAACCAGACGCGAAACUUGAUACAGUCUUUAUGUCGCUGGAAUGACCGGCUAGCAAUACAUAUUGUGACAAUGAUAUUUCAAGCUAUAACAAAACAUACAGAUGUCUGCCAACCAUUUUUCAAACUUUUAACACUGUUAACCGAGAGUUCAGGAUUAAGUGGGUUGCCUUGUAUGACGCAAUUAAUUUUAGGCAGAGUCUGGGAAGCUGCAAGAGUUGCUCCACACGGAGCAUUAGAAUGGUUAGCUUUAGCCGUUACAAGAAGUAAACUUGCACAUGCUUGGGUAUUACAAGGAUUAGACACGUGGUUACAACAUUUCUUAUUAGAACAUUCAAAUCAAAGAGUUCGCUCUGCUGCUGCUUUUCUUCUUGUAUCAUUAGUACCGUCGACUCAUUUCAGACAAGGUUAUCGCAGUGCUCAUAGAUUAGGUUUAGGAUGCAAUACAUCUAGGGAACUACAAUUAUCUCCAGAAGCUAUUUUAGUUUUACACAAAAUAUAUACGGCACUUCUACGAUUAUUACAACCUGCGAGACAUUAUAUUGAUAUACAGACUCAUGGUACAAUGAAACUCACUGCCUAUUUUGCAUUACUUACUUAUUGUGUCAUUUCUAAGACAGAAAAAUUAAUGUUUGGACAAUAUUUGAAUGACUUGUGGACACUUUUCCAUCCAAAACUAUCUGAGCCUAGCAUUCCAGUACAUCAUAAUAAACAAGCUGUAUUAUUAUUUUGGUAUCAUGUUUGUUCUGAUUGUCCAGAAAAUGUCGCUCUUAUACUUCACAAUCCUCAUAUAACUAAAAAUAUUGCAUUUAAUUAUAUACUUGCUGAUCAUGAGGACCAGGAUGUGGUAUUAUUUAAUAGAGUAAUGUUGCCUGCUUACUAUGGUUUAUUACGAUUAUGCUGUCAACAAUCACGCACUUUUACAAGACAACUAGCUGCACAUCAAAAUAUUCAGUGGGCAUUCAAAAACAUAACACCUCAUCCUACUCAAUAUUCAACUGCUGUCGACGAACUGUUUAAAUUAAUGCAACUGUUAGUUGCAAGACAUUCUGAACAAACAGAACAAGAAGAAGCAGAAAUUGCAUCUUUUAGAAGAGGAACCUUAUCUUCUUACUUACAAGGAUUAGAUGGACGAUCAUGUUGGGCUACACUUAUUUCUGCAUUUCGCAUCUUGAUCGAAUCAGACGAUGAUCGGCUUUAUGUUGUAUAUAAUGGAGGUUUAAGUAUGAUUCUGGAAGCAUUUCAUAUGUUGCAUGUUAUGUAUCACGAAGCAACAGCAUGUCACGUUGCUGGUGACUUAGCUGAACUAAUAGCUAUUAUUGUCGAACUUGUACGAUGUACUAGAACCGCUAGAGACGGACCUGAUGCAAGAAAUAUAUUAGCGAAUUGUAAAGAAUGGCCAGAUAUUUUGCGAAAAUUAGCAACAUUGUUAAAUACAUAUAAUCCUCCAGAUAUGAGGAAUCUUGCUAUAGAUCUUUUAAAAGAACUUGUGAUGCUUGUUCCUGCUGAAGCGAUCUCAAUUUUAGCACCAUUGCUAUCACACUGCCAUGCAGCUCUUCAAGAAUCUCAUGCUGCUGUUCCACCUGGCCCAUAUCUCCCAAGAAGGUCUACUCCUCCAGGGAAAAUGCCUACUCGACCUGCCAGACCAAUGGUGCAGAUGGCUGUACCACAUUCUCAGUUGGAGGCAUCAAAAGGAGUAGAUCCAGAAUAUGAUAACGCUUUACUUGAAUUUUAUUUACCAUAUCAUGAACUUAUCGAUGUUAUGUGCAGAUUAGCAAUAAAUAAUGACUGCAUGACAGAGACAUUGGUUAGUCUGAGUGCUAUGUUAGGAUUUGAAGGUGUUCCAUUGCACUUAGCCUUAUUUCCUAGAUUGUGGUUAGAUGUUCAUGCUGCUACACACAUAGACAGGAAACAUAUUGCAUCUCUUCUUUGUUCUUCCUACACAGUGGAUUAUGUAGAUGCUGUACUACUAGAUGAAAGAUCGUCUUUAGGAAUACCGGCAAUUCAUGCUUUUCUCAAGACUUUUUUCCCAAAACUUGCUAAUCAUGUACUAACCGAACAAACUUGCUUACUUAUUGACAAUUUAGUUAGUUCUAUGGUGGCAAUGGUGGAAGCAGUAGAUAUUCAGGCAUCUGCUCAUAGAUUAACAGGUGACUUAAGAGCCUUGGCUCUUGUCUACAAUAGCAGUACAAGACUGAAACCACCAAGUAGCUUGUUACCGGCAUUAGAAACGCUGUUGUCUCGAACUAGAGCCAUUAAAGUGAAAGAAUCUAACCAACAGGAAGUAGAAGCUCCUACGAAAAAGCGUAAGUUUAUGGUGAACGAAAACAGUGAAACCACUGACAAAGAAUUGCAUCUACCAAUCAAAGAACUUAAUAAGCAGAAAAACGUUUCUAACAUAAACAUCGAAGAAAAAGACAAAGUAGAAGUAAAUGAUAUGACUUCCUCUGAUUCUGGAGGUGAUAAAACCAUAUCAAGGAAUAAUGUUCAAACAGAAAAUAUUCCUACAAACAUCAGUACGAUAUCCCCAGGUUUAAUUAACACCAUAACAACCAACAAUUGUACGAACCAGUUGCGAUGUUCAUUGACUAAUGUUUCUUGGUUUGAGAUGUUGGAAAAGACGAUUCUUGAUCUACAAACUAUUGUACAACUGCAAACGAAAAGUAACUAACUCUCUACGUGUUUUAAAUGGUGCUUUUAUCAUAGAAGCAUACAAUACAGGACUAAGUUUAUGUGUAACUGUGUGAUUCUUUAGGAUAACAAGACAGAAAUUCAGUUAUACAUUCAAGAUCUAAAUGGACAAAAAAUUUUUAGUACGUUUGUGUUUUAUAAAGAAAAAGAUGCAUAUACUAUAUCACAUGUAUGUAUCAAAUGCGAUUUAUUUUCCAAAUGUAGGUAAAUAAGAUAUUUUUGUCUAUUUAAGUUAUAUUAAAAUAGAAAGAAGAAAAAACAAAUUAUCAAUUGGGACUGAACAAUUUUCAUUUUAUAUAAUAAAUGUUCGUUAGUGCUGUGAGAUUGUCUGUCUCUUGGUAAUAUAAGUAAUAUAAACCGCCCAGUAUUUAAUAAUAGGAAUUAUGAAAGUAAAAUCUUGAAAUAAUUUAAGAGAUACAAUUAUAAAAUCUUUGUUAAAAUUAUGAUAAUUUUUCUAUACUUAUCUCAAUUUUGUAAUAUACAAAGUUUUUUUCGAUUGUUUAACAUAAUAUAUAAAAUAGUAAGUUUUCCAAUCAGCUCUCAAGUUUUGUAUCUUUUGUAUCAAACAUUAUUGAUCAGAUACAGACUUCAUUAAUUUGUCAUUGUAAUAUAUUUCCAUCAUAUUUUUAAUAUGUUUCCAGAUAAUGAAUUGUGUAAUUUAUGUUAUGAAUAUUUUUACAAAAUAUUACACAUCUUUUCAACAUAUCUUUCUAAAUAAACUUACGUGAACAACUGCGUUAUUAAAUCUUUUUUAUGUAUAAUAGUCAGAAAUAUUUAGUUUUUCAUUUGGACGAAUCUUGA